AUGGCUGACGACCGGGACUUCACUUUCGACUCUGCCGAUGCCGGCGCCUCGACCACCUACCCCAUGCAGUGUUCUGCUCUGCGCCAGGGUGGUCACGUUGUCAUCAAGGGUCGCCCCUGCAAGAUUGCCUCUAUGUCUACCUCCAAGACCGGCAAGCACGGUCACGCCAAGGUUAACAUCACUGCCUUCGAUAUCUUCACCGGCAAGAAGCUCGAGGAUCUGUCCCCUUCCACCCACAACAUGGAUGUCCCCCACGUUCAGCGCACUGAGUACCAGCUGCUCGAUAUCACCGAUGAUGGUUUCCUUUCCCUGAUGAAGGAGGACGGUGACACCAAGGAUGAUGUCAAGGUCCCUGACAACGACAUUGGUCAGCGUAUCACCAAGCUCUUCAAGGAUGAGGAGAAGGACACCAACGUCAUCAUCCAGUCCGCCAUGGGUGAGGAGGCUGCCGUUGAUGCCAAGGAGGCUCCCCAGGGCAAAUAA